AUGUCCAAUAAUGACCGCGACUUCCAGGCCCUGAAAGAGACGGCUCUGAGUCAGUUGAAGGCCAAGCAUGCCAGGAGGUCUGUCGUCCUGAAGGAUGCGGAUGGCCAAGGGGUCAAGGUGGUGGACGCCAAGCGGCUCACCAAGAUCGGCUCCGUCCAGCUGCUGGACCAGCUGGUGCCGAUCCAGAAGCACAACGCUGAGGUCGACAUGAUGGAGGGCGUCCAUGCCCGCCUCACAAAGGUCGAGGUGUACCCUCCCACGGUCACCAUUCGGUACCAUCACAUGUCGGUGGAGACCAAUGCCCUGGUGGGCGACAAGGAGCUGCCCACCCUCCCCCACUCCGUGUCGCACGCCUUCCUUUCCUGGACCGAGCCUAAGCGCCCCCUGUCCAUCGUGCACGACGCUAGCGGCAUCCUGCGGCCCGGCAGGCUCACCCUCAUCCUCGGACCCCCCAGCUCCGGCAAGACCACCUUCAUGAAGGCCCUCGUGGGGCGCUACCGCCACAGCAGCGAUCUCAAGGUCACCGGCUCCGUGACAUACAACGGCAAGAACUUCAAUGAGUUCAUGCCCGAGCGCGUUGCCUCCUAUGUCAAUCAGUUCGACACCCACUUUGGGGAGCUGACCGUGCGCGAGACCAUCGACUUUGCGGCCCAGUGCCAGUCCUCCAGCCACAUGAAAGACCUGCUGGAGACGGUGCUGGCGCGGGAGAAGGAGGCGGGCGUGACUCCCGACCCCGGCGUGGACGCGUACAUGCGCGCCAUCGCCUUUGGCCACUCCAACUCCAUCGCCGUGGAGGCCAUCAUCCGCCUGCUGGGCCUGGACACCUGCUCCGACACGCUUGUGGGCAACCAGAUGCUGCGCGGCAUCUCCGGAGGCCAGCGCAAGCGCCUGGGCACAGGCGAGGUGGGCGUCUCCCAGUCCCUGGUCCUGGUGGCGGACGAGAUCUCUACGGGCCUGGACUCCAACACCACCUUCAACAUCACCAACUCCCUGCGCGCCAUCGCCCACAUCCGCCGCGCCACGCUGCUCGUCGCCCUGCUCCAGCCCUCCCCCGAGACCUACGAGCUCUUCGACGACGUCAUCCUCAUCUCGGGCGGCCUGGUCUGCUACCAUGGCCCGCGCGAGAGCGUGGCCGACAUCUUCGAGCGCUUUGGCCUGGCCUGCCCCGCCCGCAAGGGUGUGGCCGACUUCUUGCAGGAGGUCACCACUCCCUCCGACCAGCAGAAAUACUGGGUGGACAACACGAGGGCGUACGAGUACGUCACGGCUUCCACCAUACGCGAUGCCUACCUCAAGCACCCCAUCGCGCUGGACAUGGAGAACGAGCUGGCCGCGCCCUACAGGCCGGAGCCGGGCGCCCUGGACCUGCCCACCUACAAGUACGCGGUGUCGUACAAGACGCUGUUCCUGAGCAACCUCAAGCGCACGCUGCUGCUGCAGACGCGCGACAAGCUGUUCGUGUACGUGCGCGUCUUCCAGAUCUGCCUGAUGAGCGUGGUGGUGGCCACGCUCUUCCUCAGCACGCCCAAGACGACGGUGUCGGAUGGCAACAUCUACUCUGGCGCUGCCUUCUUCUCCCUGGUCUACAUGCUGAUCGGGGGACUGGCCGAGUCCCACCUCCUCACCAUGCGCCUGCCGGUGUUCUACAAGCAGCGCGAGAUGAUGUUCUACCCGGGCUGGUGCUUCGCCGUCCCCGCCUUCAUCUUCCGCCUCCCCUUCUGCUUCGUGGACGCCACCCUCUGGUCCUGCAUCGCCUACUUUGCCGUCGGCUUUGACGUCAGCUCCAGGUUCUUCGUCUUCUGGCUGCUCAUGUUCCUCACCUGCGCAUGGUGGGCCAUCGCCUCGGUGUGCCGCACCGACACCAUCGCCUCAGCGGUGGGCUCCUUCUUCCUCCUCGUGUUCAUCGUCACCGGCGGCUUCGUCAUGGUCAAGUCCGCAAUCCCCCCCUGGUGGAUUGGCGCGUACUGGGCCAACCCCUGGGCCUACCUCACCAUGUCCAUCUCCAUCAACGAGUUCAUGGGCGCGUCAUGGGACGUGCCCAACCCCGCCGACCCCACGAACCCCCUGUCCCUGGGCGAGCAGGUGCUCGCCUUCCGCGACUUCCCCACCUCCACGCGCAUGGUCUGGAUUGGCGUCGCCGCGGGGCUGGCCUCCACCAUCAUCAACGUCGCGGUGUUCGUGCUGGCCACCACCUUCAUGCCCCCGCGCCACUCCAAGCCGGUGAUGAGCGAGGAGGCGCUGGAGGAGCUGGAGUUUGCGCGCGAGGUCGCGCCGCAGCGCCCGCCCCCCAGCUCGGUCACCCGCGACAUCCAGCUGGGCAUCCGGCGCGCCGCCUCGACGCAGAGCAUGGCCGCCAGCGCGGAGGAGGGCGGCGCGGGGCCGCGCACGCCGGGCAUGACGCCCGUGCCCUCCGCGCUGGACCUGCCCGCCGUGCCGGAGGACGUCUCCUUCACCAUGGCCGCCGGCGACAGGCCCGUGGGCGGCCGCGCGGCGCCAGGCAAUGGCCGCCGGUCGCCGACCGACGGCGCCGACGCGCGCCACUCCUCGCCGGGGAACGGCACCGACGGGCACCACUCGCCAGCGGUCAACGGUGCCAAUGGUCGCCCCGCCUCCCCGACCGACUCGUCGCUGGCCUUCAUGAAGGGUGGCGAGGGCGCGGCCAAGGCCCUGGAGUCGGUGCGCUCCUCCCUGCCCUUCCGCCCGCUGGCCAUGACCUUCAAGGACGUGUCCUACAGCGUGCCCCUGCCCAAGGGCAUGGACCCCGGGACUGCAGACGUCCCCGCGCAGGGUCCCCACAAAGAUGCUCUGCGCUUGCUGUCGGGCAUCAAUGGCAUCUUCCGGCCCGGCGUGCUCACGGCGCUGAUGGGCGCGUCGGGCGCGGGCAAGACGACGCUGAUGGACGUGCUGGCGGGGCGGAAGACGGGUGGCACGGUGACGGGCGAGGUGCACGUCAACGGCUACCCCAAGGUGCAGAAGACCUUCAAUCGCAUCUCCGGGUACGUGGAGCAGGAGGACAUCCACCUGCCCCAGACCACGGUGGGCGAGGCGGUGCGCUUCAGCGCGGCGCUGCGCCUGCCGCGCGGUGUGUCCGCCGCCACGCGAGCCGCCUUUGUGACGGAGAUGAUGGACCUGGUGGAGCUGGACCGCAUGGACGGCGCGCUGGUGGGCAUCCUGGGCGAGAGCGGGCUGAGCAUCCAGGCGCGUAAGCGCCUGACCAUCGCGGUGGAGCUGGUGGCCAACCCCUCCAUCAUCUUCAUGGACGAGCCGACCACGGGCCUGGACGCGCGCGCGGCCUCGGUGGUCAUGGCCACCGUGCGCGCGGUGGUGAACACGGGGCGCACCGUGGUCUGCACCAUCCACCAGCCCUCCAUCGACAUCUUCGAGGCCUUCGACGAGCUGCUCCUGCUCAAGCCGGGCGGGCGCUGCGUGUUUGCAGGGCCGGUGGGCCUGGAGAGCAGCCAGCUCAUCGACUACUUCAUGGCCACCCCGGGGGUAAAGCCCAUCAAGGAGAGGUACAACCCUGCCAACUGGAUGCUGGAGCAGACCAACCCGCACAACGAGUCGUUGCUGGGCGUAGACUUCAGCGAGGUGUUUGCCGGCUCCAAGCAGGCGCGGGAGAACGAGAAGCUGAUCGAGGCCGCGCACGCGGUGGCCCCGGGCAUGCCCGACCUGCAGUAUGCCGACAUGGAGGUGUCUGGGGCCUGGGUCCAGCUGGGCCACCUGCUGCGCCGCAACUUCGUCAUGUACUGGCGCGCGCCGGACUACAACAUCACGCGCUUCGGUGUGACCCUGCUGGUGGCCUUCGUCUUCGGGUCGCUGGCCUGGGAGCAGGGCGAGGCGCGGGACACCACCUCCGGCGUGCUGAACAUUGCGGGCCUGCUCUUUGCCUCCACCCUCUUCAUCGGCGUCAGCAACUGCAUGUCGGUGCAGCCCAUCGCGGAGUCGCAGCGCAGCGUCAUGUACCGCGAGCGCGCGGCGGGGAUGUACUCCGUCGCGCCCUACUCCGUGGCCCAGGUGGUGGUGGAGCUGCCCUACCUGGUGGUCCAGACCCUGUCCUACUCCGUCAUCGUCUACUGGAUGGUGGCCUUCAUCGCCUCCGCCUCCAAGUUCUUCUACUUUGUCUUCAUCUUCGGCCUGACCCUCGCCUACUUCACCGCCUACGGCCAAAUGUGCCUCAACCUCAUGCCCGAGCUGGCCCUGGCCAACGUCUUCACCUCCUUCUUCUUCGGCUUCUGGAACCUGAUGUGCGGCUUCCUCAUCCCCGCAUCGGCAAUCCCGGGGUGGUGGAUCUGGUGCUACUACAUCAACCCCGUGUCCUGGACGCUGUAUGCCCUCAUCGUCUCCCAGCUGGGUGACCUGGAUGACGAGUACAUUGUUAACUUCACCAACCAAUCGGUCCCCAUCCCCGUCUUCCUGGUGGAGCUGUUUGACUACAAGUACAGCAUGCUGUGGCCAUCCAUCGCCAUCAUCAUCGCCUUCUGCGUGGUCUUCAACUUCGUGUCCUUCCUGUCCCUGCGCAUCCUCAACUACCAGAACCGCUGA